UCUUUCUGCUACAGCUCCUCCUCCUCCUGUUAUUUCCGAGCUUCCCUCACCUCGCAGGCUCUAUACGAGGCUGUGGAAGGGGCACCAGAAGAGGGAGCUUGAGGGUGGGAUGUCCAGGACGGGGCUCUGAAAUUUCCACGGUGAAUUGUUGACUUGCGGCAGCGAUGUUCCGCCCUCCGAUGGUUCACGGGCUGCGGCUCUACAGCUCACGGGCGGCCAGGAGGAAGGAAAUGUUAGACAGGAUCAUCCGAGUGGACCAUGCCGGGGAGCUCGGGGCGGACCGGAUCUAUGCCGGGCAGAUGGCUGUGUUAGGGAAGACGAGCGUUGGUCCGGUGAUCCAGCACAUGUGGGACCAAGAGAAGGAGCAUAAGGCGAAGUUUGAGGAGCUGGUGCCCAAGUAUAGAGUGCGGCCCACGGCUCUUCUCCCCAUCUGGAACGUGGCCGGCUAUGUCCUGGGAGCGGGAACGGCUCUGCUUGGACGCGAGGCAGCCAUGGCAUGCACAGUGGCCGUUGAGUCCGUCAUCACCGACCACUACAACUCACAGCUGCGGGAGCUCAUCGAUCUCGGCGAGGAGGAAAACAAGGAGCUUAUCGAGGUCAUACAGAAGUUCCGAGACGACGAGAUGGACCACCACGACACGGGGCUGGCACACGACGCAGAGCAGGCACCCGCAUAUGCCGUUCUCAGCAAUGUGAUCAAGACUGGGUGUAAGGCGGCGGUGUGGCUGUCCGAGAGAGUCUAGCCCAGUGUGGUGUGUUGUUGUUGUUGAAGCGAGCGAUCUGCCUCAAACAACCAGUGCCACGGUUCAACACAAGAGUUAUCGUAAGCUCUCGAAACAAACUAUUCUUAUAAACCAAACCAUAAACUCUCUAUAUACCAAACUAGCCUCUAUUGAAACGAAACUAAACUCCAUGAACCAAGCUGUGCCCUCCAUGUGCUAUACUCUACUCCAUAUACCAAAGUAGAAUAUUUAAGUCAAACUCUUCUCUUCAUAAGCCAAACUAUACUCUUCAUAUUAAUCAUGUUCUCAAUGCGACACACAGAUAUUUAAGAGGUUUUCUGUAUAUAGCUUCCUCAAAUUUCUUACCUUCUAAAUCAACAUCAUAGUAUUUUGUGAUCGGUCUGAAGAGUUUUUAACCCCUUGUGUUGAACUGAAAUUGGCCCAUAGUGGUUUGUGCCUUGCUGUGAUCUGCCUUCCCUUUAGUCAGUUAAAUGAUCUCUGUUUAGUUUCCUUCACCUGUUGGAUCAUCAAAUACAGUAACCUUCAUCAAGUCCAAAGUUAUAUGAUUUGUCCCUGUGUUGCCUCCUCCACCAGUCUGAUUUCUCCAUGCCACCAAAGAUCAUGAAGUCAAUAGGCAGGUCCCAGAAACAUCAUACAAGUGCAAUGUAAAUACGUACGGCUGUUUGUAUCGAAAGCACAUUUUUGAUCCGCAGUCCAACUCUAACCUCAAUGUACAUAGCAUGAGAGUAAGUCCAAUUUUCGUAACUGAUUUGUAGUAAAGUACUUUUGGA